GACAAGACACAGAGCUGAAGCAGGGCAGAUAUGGGAGGGGUGCAGGAGACAGAGAAAAGCGUCCUCCUCCGCAGAAAGAAAAGACAGAUCUGGCGUUAGAUAAAAAAAUACUAGGAAGUAGUGGCUUGAACAGUUGCCACUUUAGCCACUUUAGCCUAGCUAGUGAGCCUGCCCUGCAAACUUUCUUCCGCUUUCUAUGUUUUUCACCUACUCUUGGGCCGAUCAUCCAAGGAGACCCUGGAGAUCUGGCUAUGUCUUCCAGCAUGAUGUGAGAGCAGGAGUAACACACUUUAAUAGUCUUUUCACAGCAUAAUCCCAAGCUUAAUAUCAUCAUGGCUGUUGACUGAUUCCGUGCAACAUAUGGUGGUGGUUAUUAGUAAAAAUAAAUACAAUAAAUUUUUUUUUUAAAAAGCACAGAAUACAGAAAGCAGUGUGCUGGCAUCAUACAGUAUUUGUUUUGAUACGUGCGUACCAAACAGACUGGGGCACAUUAGUCCACAAAUAAAGUUAUGGGUGAAAAAUGUAAGUUUAAUUUCUGCCUUUAGUUUUUUUUAACUUUUGUUAAGUGCCUUGUGUGUAACUGGUGAACUAUUUUCUGUAUUAAUAUAAGCAUAUAUAUAUAUAUAUAUAUAAAUAUAUGGAUCAUUAUCCUGUGGAAAGACCCAGUUAUAACCCAUUUUCGGUUUUCUAUCUGUAGCCUCCAAAUUUUUUAUGUAAAAUCUCCAAAAUGUAAGAAUUCCUGAUGUCAUCUAUCCUAAGAAGGUUCCCAGACUAUUUGGAAGAGCAGCAGGCCCACAGCAUUACAGAUCUUCCAUCAUACUUAAGAGUGAACAUCAGCAUGAUUUUUCAUAUAUUCAUCCAGUUUCAUGCAAAACCCAGCUCGAGUGUUUGUUACCGAAAAGCUCAAUAAUCUGGUCAGUAGCCCUCCAGAGGUGUUAAAGGUCAGUACUCAGGAGCCGGUGUCCGGAAUGUUUAUUUGUUACCCUGAUUCAACACCCCUGAAUCAAAUUAAUGUUUCAAUAGCAAACUGUUGCAGAGCUAGGUGGCAUGCUAAGGAAGUAAUUUGGCCAUUUGAAUCAGCUGUGUUGGAACAAGGACACAUCUAAAACCUCCAGGACACUGGCCUUCGAGGACUGGAGCUGGACACCCCUGUGUGUAUUAUAGGGACGGUAUGAAACAAAAAAUUAUUUUCUGAUCUCAAUACUAAACAACCAGAUGGCAUGAAGAUAGAGUCUAACUGUUGUUGUGGCGACUUUGUGUUCUCAAGAUACCAAUCUUUGCUGUUGAAAAGCUCUGAUCAACUUGUAGGAAAGUAUAAACUGAAUGCUUUAGUUAUAUUAUUUUUCUGUAAUCGUUUAGGGGUACAGUUAGCAAGGCCUUCACAUAUCUUUACCUGGUGUGCCAACAAAUUUGUCUGGUUCUGGAAAUGAACAGCUAGGUUGCUGCAUAUUCGCAAGUGUCGUCCUCCCAGGAUUUCACUGUCAUGAAGAGCUUAGAAUGUACCAAAAGUGGAUCAGAAAAAGAGUUAGCUACUGUCUCAAAGAUCUCUGAACCUUACCGAUUCAUUUGAGGAAAAAGGCUGGCCUAUGUUCUCUGAUGAAAACAAAUGAUUCAAGUCAAUUUGUUAAAAAAAAACAAAAAAAACAGAAUUGUUCUGAUAAAGUCUCAAGAGAUGUGUAUUCUAGUUCAUUGUGUUAUGAUUUGGGGUUGUUUGGUUUUUGGUUUCUGGUUUUUUCUUAUGUUUUUCACAGUUAAGGUUUUGACUUGUUCUUUUGUUUAUUAUUAUUCUUCUUCUUAGAUUUUGAAUCAUUAUUAUUUUCCUGGUCAUGCUUUAGUUUUGUCGUCUUGUUCAUGUUUUGUCAAGUUUUGUUUUCGGAUCAUGUCAUGCCUGUCUCACCUGCCCGUUUGUUGUUUUGUUCCAGCCUCCUGCUGUGAAUGAGUUUUAAUUUUUUUGUCAUUAAAACCUUUUUACUUACCGACAUGCUGCCUUCUAGUCUACAUUCUGGGGUCCUAUAUCUCGCAAGCCAUUACACGUUGAGUAUGGGUAUGUGGUCACAUAGUGGUCAGAGUGUUAAUGCUGACUCCUGUCAACUGCAGUGUCUACAAUAUGCAUGUGGGAAGUACAAGCAUUGAACUAUUAUAAUAAAGUGGACAUGCAUGCUGUGCAGUAUGUCAGUCAUACUUAUGCUUUAGGUGUGGUUACAGUGAAUGGCUUCGGACACCUUCCACUGGCAUUGGGCCAGUAUGAUAACCUUGUAUAAAAAUACCACAGUUUUACAAUAUCAUAGUGUUAACUAAGAAAUAAAAAAAAAAAGAAAUCUAUAAUAUGAUCUCAUUUAUUUAGGUUGAAACAGAACAGUAACAACUAUUCCUGCUGCUUCUAUAGAAAGCUAACAUUAAUCAUUACAGUUAUAAUGCCAUCUAUACAAUUUAGCCAUUGUUAAUUUGAUAUUCAUACAGACUGUUUUUUAUGAAUGGAAAUAUUUCCAAUUGCCAAAUUCGAGGGUAAAGUAAAAUGACAGCAACAGGUAGGUGAGGUACAUUACGCUACGCUUCAUAAGGCUUCAUAAGGCUGCAGAAAACUCCAGUCACUCCAGCACUUUUAAUGGCCCCUUAUUAAAAGUAUUGUAAAGAUCAAAGGUGCAUUUCUUUUUCAACAACUGUUCAAUUAUAAAAAAAAAUCUACGGGAUACAAAUAUUAAUUUCCAAUGCAGAUUUUACCAAAAAUACAAACUGCACAACUGUGGACAUGGAUACAGAGGCUGAAAAGGGGUGACCAGGGUCAUGUUAAACUGUUAUGUAUUUGUUUAUAUUCUUAUUGAUGUUUUCAAUUUAAUUGAUUUCCACACAUUUGCCACAAGUAACCUGUCAUCUUUAUUAUGUGGCAUGCCUGCACAGCAGUAAUACAGCUGAUAAACAAAUCCACUAUAAUAUACAUUAAACACACUACAAGUUUGUUAGGUAUUAAUUAGUCGAUUCAGAGGGAAGAGGGAACGACACAGAGUCCCUGUUAAUCUUGCGCAAGAGGUAGCUCACACUCUGCAGUGCAAAUCUACAAAGUGUUGGCACCCUCUGUCUUUAUUUAUAUAUGCUGGUUCACACACAGUUCAACAGACAGUUCAGGCAUUUAGGGUGUGUGUGUGUGUGUGUCUGUGGCAUAGCUGUCAAGUCUCCCGUUUUGGCCGGGAAACUACCGUAUUUUAACCUCUUUCCCGCCGUCCUCCCGUAUUAGUAUUUUCCCGUAAAUCUCCCGUAUUACUAUAUAAUUUAAAAAAAACAUUCCUCUGGAUAGACGUGACGAAAGGGAAGGCAUUCCUGCCAGAAAAGGAAAGACAUCGUGCAAAUAUCUUGAAAAAUGGGACAGCGAAUUUUCUUUUCUAAAGAAGAGCAGGAUGGGGCACAGUCACGCGUUCUGUAAGAUUUGUAACUGCAAUUUUAGUGUCUCUCACGGGGGAAGGAACGACAUCAGUCAGCAUGAAAAAUCGACCAAGCACAAGCGCUGGCUAGAGGCACAGAAACAUGCCCAGGCGAUGUCAACAUUUGUGACUAGAAAUACCACCGAGGCAGACCAGGUCAUAAAUGCGGAGGUUAAAAUGGCAAUGCUGUGUGCCAAAAACAAUGUUGCUUUCAACUUCUGUGAUGACUUCAAUAAGUGUGUAGCUGAAAUGUUCCCGGACUCUGCUAUCGCACGGAAAUUCUCGGCGGGAAAAACCAAGGCUGCCCAACUCAACCAAAAGGUAAGCUGAGUCAAAUUAAGUAUGAGUAUUGUGUAUGCAUAUGCCUACUUAAUAAUGUCCCAUAUGCAUAUUGUAGGGUAACGGUUAGCUAAUUUUAAUUACUGGGCUCUCUCAACAGGUGUCAUAGCAACAGAGCUAGAUGACGAGUUGGCCAAAACAUGCCGAUCUCAGCCAUUUUCUGUGAUGUGCGACAAAUCGAACAACAGAAAAGGAAAUAAAGAAUUUGUCAUCCUAACUAUACUCUACGAUGAGGCCACUCUGCAGGUCUUUACAAGAUUCAUGGAGAUGCCUGUAAGCAACGUGGGAAAUGCAGAAAAUCUGUAUGAAAAACUGAGUGAAGCACUAAGAAAAAGGGGCAUCCCAUGGGAGAACCUGAUAGCCUUUAACUCUGAUAAUGCGAGCGUCAUGAAAGGCAGACACAACUCAGUUAUCAGCAGAUUGAAACAGAGCCAGCCCCACGUCCAGGAUCUCGGCUGCAUCUGCCACCUGGCACAGCUGGCCACUGGCUGUGGCAUCAGAGCAGCCCAGGUACCGGUGGAAGACAUCCGGGUGGGAAUAUACACCCACUUUGAUAAAAGUGCAAAAAGAUGUGAACUCUACAAAGGGUUUGUAGAUUUCACUGAUUCAGACCACCUGAAGCUCCUCAGGUACUGCUGCACCAGAUGGCUGAGUCUGCUAACCUGCAUCCAGAGAGUGUUGAACCAGUGGGAUGCACUGCAGGCCUACUUUAACAGUCAUGAGGAGGUGGAGAGGAGUGCCAAAGUGCGCGAUCUAGCAAGCCAUCUGCGUGAUCCAAUUGUGAAAGCUUACUUCAUGUUCCUGAGUGCUGCCCUUAAGCCUUUAUAUGAAUUUAAUAUUGUCUUCCAGUCAGCGGCCGUGCAGAUUCACAGACUUGAAGAGGAGAUGUGCAGGCUGAUCAAGAGGAUCCUGGGGUUCCUCAUACCAGCCAGGGCCAUCAUGGGUGUACCUCUCAAGAAGGUGGAGUAUGGAGAAGGACAUCAGUUGGCUGACGAAGAGCUCUUUAUAGGAGCACAAACAAAGGCAUUCAUGGCAAGGAAAGAGCUCCCUGUGUCAGCGGAGAAGAAAAUCUUUCAAUCUGUGAGAAGAUUCUAUGAAGCAGUGUUUCAGAAGAUGUUCUCCUCCUUUCCUCUUGACCAUCCACUCCUGAAGGACAUGAAAGUGCUGGACCCUGCUGCUCGCCUUGACAUUACUCCAGGGACAGGUAGAUGUUAGAGUCAGUUCCUCAUUGAUUAAAUGAAUAAAUGAAUAUUGCAUGGUUUAGAUCUGCAAUGUUCAGUCAAACACUUGUUUUACAUUACAGUGGCAAGGCUAGGGACCUUUUUCCCUCAGUUGAGCUUGAGUGAGGAUAGGCUGAGAGAGGAACUCAUUGACUACCAGGUGACAGAUAGCAAGCAUCUCCCACAAGAAGACAAAACUGACAGAUUCUAGGGACUGGUAGGGAAAGAUGUGAGGUUCAGUGAGCUGCCAAGAUUAAUGAAGGCUUUACUAUGCAUUCCCCACAGCAAUGCCAGUUCUGAAAGAGUGUUCAGUAUGGUAAGAAAGAUUGUUACAGAGAAUAGGAUGUCAUUAGACAACAGCACGGUUUGUGCUUUACUGUCAUGUAAAAUCAACCACUCUGGCCCAGGCCACAAAUACACUCCAUCCAAACGAGUCUUAAAGGAUGCAAAGUCUGCAACAAGUCUGUAUAAUAAGUCUUUAGUGAAUGCCACAGAAACACCUGAGUGAACAUGAGAAAUUUAAAUAAAAUGUGUAAUGAAGACAAAAUGUAAAUGUUUAACCUAAA